ACAAGGUCGGUUCCAGCAAGACGUUCUCCGGGAAGGCAGGUCCUGGGGGAGAGAAGGACACCCCUCUUCGAGGGCACAAUGCAGGGGCAGCUCCAGAACCCUCCAUUCUAGAAUCUGCCCCUGCUUUCCCAGAGUCUGCCCUGCCCCACACCAGUCCACGGCUGUGUUAGCCUCCCACCCCGAGCUCUCAGCCCUGGUCGCUGCCUGGCCUCUGCCCCGGUCCCAUCAGCCUCCUCCAGCCCUGUCGCCCUCGCCCAUCUGACACAAGUCAGGCCUCAGCCCUGCUCCCUGACCCCAACUCCCUGCAGUGAGCUGGACCGCCCUGCCCCCUUCCAUGGCACCCUGCCCCCCGUGAAGGGCAGUGCCAGGCGAAAGCUGGGCCAGCGAAACUUCAUGGAGCAGGUGCGUGAAUGCAGGGACAAUGGCUACCUGCUCUCUUCCAGGAAGAUUGGCUCUGGGGCCUUCUCCAAAGUCUACCUGGCCUGUGCCACACGUGAGCGCAUGCAGCACAACGCCAAGCUGGCCUCCGACCUGCGGGACAAGCACCAUGCCGUGGGGCUGUGGUCUACACACAACGGCCACCCCCCACCCCUGCGGGUGGCCGUCAAGAUCAUCUCCACUGCCGAGGCCCCUGUGGAGUUCUCCCAAAAGUUCCUGCCUCGUGAAAUAUCAUCACUCAAUGCUACCUAUAGGCACCCGAAUGUGGUGCAGCUGUACAAGACCUACCAGAACAGCCAGCGCUCCUCCUUGGUGCUGGAGCUGGCAGCCCGCGGCGACCUGUUGGAACACAUCAACUGGGUGUCAGAACGCCGCUGCAGCCCGGGGCUGGAUGAGGAGGAGGCCCGCAGACUGUUCUGGCAGCUCGUCAGCGCCGUGGCCCACCACCGCAGCUCCGGCAUUGUGCAUCGGGAUCUAAAGUGCGAGAAUACCCUCCUAGAUGACCGAGGCCUCCUAAAGCUGACCGGUGAGCCUUUGGCCCAGCCCCUACCCUCUUCCCUAGAUUAUCCUGACUCGUGACCCAGCUGGACCCUCAACCCUCCCAGGAGGCCCAGCCCCACCCCUGCCCACAGCUGCACUUGCAGAAACCUACACACGUGAUGUCUGCCCCCCAGUCAUCCCGCCCGAGCCCUCGCUCUCUCGCCCUCCUGCUCCUCACCUGGGGGACUGCCUGCCCUGUGCCCAACCCCCACCCCACCCCACCCCUUCCCCACUGCAAAGACUUUGGCUUCGCCAGCCAUUUGGGCCUCAAGAGCUUGCUGCCGAGCACCUUCUGUGGCUCUGUGGCCUAUACAGCCCCGGAGAUCCUCAUGAGCAAGUACAAUGGGGAGCAGGCUGACCUGUGGAGCCUGUGAAUGGCGCCCGCAGGCACCCCAUCGUAGGCAGGACCUGCGGGAGGGCAGGGGAGGGGGCACGCCCUGAGGAGCCUGUGCCCCCUGGGGCAUCAUCCUUUACGCCAUGGUGACCGGGAAGCUGCCCUUCAAGGAACACCAGACCCACCGCAUGCUGCACCUGAUGCACCAUGGCCCCACCUUCAGGCCGGGCAUGUCCCCAGAGUGCCGGGACCUGAUCCGGGGCCUGCUGCAGCUUCGCCCGUGUGCGCGCCUGGGCCUGCAGCAGGUGGCCGCGCACUGCUGGAUGCUGCCCGCCACGCACGCGCUCUCUGGCACCACGCUCAGGAUGCCGCCAGGUAGGGUGGGGGCCCUGGGAGGGGGGUGUGGGCAGGUGGCUGGCCCCUCAGCGCCCCUCCUGAUCCCCCACUGCUGUCGGUUGCAGAGAAGCCAGCUAAGCUUGAGCACUCGGAGCCCGGCAGAGACUCGGAGCCUCCGAGGCGGCGCCCCCCGCACUGCUUCUGGGCCUCCACCUGGGCCGCAGAGGCCGACCCAAGAAGAGGUGCAGGCUCUACCCAGCUGGGGCUCUGGAGCGCGAGGACAGCCAGCCUGGGGGUAGGCGCCUCCAGGCAGCUCCUAUCGCGGAGCUCCACAUCUGCCAUCAGGACCACGCCUGGGCACUACCUGCCAUGGGUGGGCAGAGGCGAGGCCAGAUAAAGCGUUUAUUUUGUGGAGGGGAUGUGGAUGUCUCUGUGCAGGAAGGGCAACCAGCCACGGGGAACCAUCCCGGGAGAACACACUUCCGUGCCACAUUUUUAGUUGGGAGGAGAGGAAAACAACAGAGAGUACCAGAGGGGAAAGAGAUACCUCACACCCGCGAAGCGACCGGCCUCAACGGGAGGAACCGGAGUGGACCCCCAGCUUUGCAGGCAGUGCCAGGACUGAGGACACGCGGAGUGGGGGUGCUGGGAGCUCUCGCGGCAGCAGCACUCCAGUGCCAGAGUGCAAGGGGCCUGGGAAGGCCAGGACUCUGGAAUCCUGGGCCCAAGAUGGCCCUGGGAAAGGAGCGCGGCAGGGGGAGGGCCACACUGACCCUCUACCAGGCCUGGUGUGGCAGCUUUAGAACUGAGGGACCACACAAGGAGCUGGGGAAGGACAAGGUUCUUGGGCCCAUAGGAGGCUCCAAGGUGACAAAGGGCGGGAAGGGGAGAGAUCUGCUUAAGAGCGAGGAUGCAGGCACAUCACAGAGACACUCUGAGUGUGUCAGGCAAAGGGCUCGGACACUCAAGGAAGCCUUCCAAGGACAGGGCCCGGUCAGAGCGGACAGCAAGUACGUCACAGCAGGGCGGGCCAGAGAAGACAGCAAGGGGCUGAGGGCCGUCCUGGGGCACAGGUCAAGCAGGAAGGUGGAGAGAAUGAUGGGAACACAGCGCCCAGCAAGCACUCCAAGGACAGGCCAGGGGUCACAGCCCUAGGAGAUCCCAGGACAGGCUGAUGCUGAAAGUCUCACGAGGCCAGUCCUUUGAGGCUGGGUCUCAGGCAGGGCACGUUGAGGACCCCAGAACAGAGGACUUGGGGUGGGCCUGGCAGCAAAGGGCACUGCUUAUACCUGGACGCCCACCGAUGCACAGACCUCGACAGUGCCCUCCGGGGCUGCUCAGGCUUGCACUGUUUAUCCGUCCCGCCCGUGAGCCAUCUUCCUGGAGGCACCUGAGAGUCCUGGAGCACGGCUAGCUCUGACUGACCAGCGCUGCUCCAAGCAACCGGAGUUGCUGGAAGUCACGGGGCACAAAGAGGUCCCCUCGCCCUCCCAGGCGUAUCGGACAUCCACCCUAGAGACCUCUCGGCAGGGAACAGCCUCUGAGCAAGGAGACCCAGAGGCCCACAGCUGGCUGCGGGAAGGCCCGGAGCUCAGGUGGGUGUAGCCCCUCCAGCUCGUGGCUCCGGAGCCAGCUCCUCUGACCGCUCCCGGGUGUGCUGUUCCUGCUCCUGGUGGUCCAGCCGCCGCAGCUGCUGCUCCACGUCUUCAGGCACCUGCACCUCCAGCAGGUUUUCCAUGCCCUGCUCUGGCUCAUCCCCAAUGAGCACCUGCCAGCAGGGGAGGCAGGUGAGCAGCUGGGGCUGGCGCACCGCGGACAUCCCGCCCCCUUCCCCACCAACCCGGCACCCACCUGAAUGAGUUUCUCGCAGGCCACGCGCACGUCGGGCUCCGGCUCCCAGCUGUGUAGCUCACGCAGGAUCAGGUAGGCUCCCUGGUUCCUCACCUGCUGCCGACCAGGUGCUGUGGCUGUCAGCUGAGAGAGGGCAAAGGUUAUCCAGAUAUGAGCGUGCCGCGCGUGUGUGGCAUGUUAGGAGCCGGCAUGAAUACAGCAGGGCCUCUGCUCACCAGCAUGAUGGCUUCAAUGAGCAUCUUUCGGAUGUCGGCAUCAGGCUCCCUCUGCUUGUCUGGCGGCAGGUACUGCAGGUCAACAGGCAGCCCUAGGGGUGUGUGUGCGAGCCACUGGGUGCCAGCACCAGGCAUCAGGCCAGACCCAUCCUGGGUUAGCCCCAUUCGUGCUCAGCAACUCCCUGGCUGGAAGGUUUCAGCCAGGUCAAGCCCUGGGCAUCUUCUCCCUCCCCCCCCCCCCCACGUCCCCUUCUGCCCAGCGAACCCUGAGGCUCCACCCAAGCCACUCACGCUCCAUCUCCUCCUCGGAGAAGUCCUCGGGGCCAGCCAGGGGCAGCAGCAAGAAAGGGAGAAUGUCCACCUCGGGCCCAAGCAACCACUCGUGGUGUCCUGGGGGGGAGGGGGAACAGGAACGGGGGUCAGUCUAGCGGGGCCCCAAGGCCAUCUCUCCGUCCCAUCCCCCCAAACGCCACACCCCCACCCCUACUCACGAUGCUCGAAGCAGCAGUUUCGGAGAGUCCCCACCACCCCUCCCCUGCGCACGGAGGAGUCUGGGAAUUGGGUAAGGGGCAGCAGCCGCUGGACCACGCACCUGAAGGAAGGGAUCGCUCAGUGCCAUCCCUGUUCACCUCCACCCCCUCCCCGCGGGAGCCCGGGGCUUCACCUGUCGGGGUCCAGCAGGAAGGCGCGCGCCGCGGGACGCUGGCUGAGGUUGGAGAGCAUUGGCCCCAGGUAAUGCAGGGGCGCGCGGGCGUUGUAGCCAGGCGUGCACAGCGCGCGCACCAGCCGCCCCAGGCCUGACUCCCCCGGCUCCGCGACCUCCAGCGCUGCCAUCAGCGCGGCACACGGCGCCGGCUCUCGGCUGAGGUUGGCCAGCACGGCGGCCGCCUCCUCGGCCCAGGGCCACUGUGGAUCCAACGCGCGGCCCAGCAGGCGGGCAGGCAGCUCGGGCUCGGCCUGCAGCAACGGCUCGUGCAGGCCGGGCUCGGCAGCGAGGUUGACGAGGGCGCGAGCGGCGUCGCGCGCCGGGGCCGGGGCCGGGGCCGCGGCCAGCUCGACCAGCGCCCGCAGCAGAGCCGCCUGGCCGGCCAGCAGCGUCCGACCGGACCCGGAGCCGGUCAGCUCCAGCACGUGCCGCGCCGCCUCCGCCUGCAGGUCCGCCCGCGCCCCGGGCGCCAGGAAGGGCAGCAGCUUCGCCACCUCCGCCUCCAGGCCGGCCUCCGGCAUCGGCGACCCUGCGGAAGCUAGCCCACUAGCCAACGCGCCCGCGCCAGUCCUGGCCUCCCCCAUGCCCGCGCGGAUCACCCCAGCCGCCACCCGGGCUGAGACCCGGCCCGUCAGAGGAACGGAAGCCGCAGCCACCAGUCGGGAGGCUGCCCACUCCGCGCGCGGGGCUGGGUCGACGUGCGGAGGCGGGGCCGGCGCCCGGAGGCGGAGCCACACCGAGGGCCUGCGCGUUGUGGACUGCGUGCUCCGCCCCCAGCCCCACGCCGCGGCCGAGGGUGGCCCUGGAGGCGCCCGCAAGGAAUCGUCGCAUGUGGUGUGACCCCGGUCCUAGGGGGACCAACCAGCCAGUGGUAGCUGACGGAUUACAUGGCCCCUCUUCCAUCGUGGGUGGGGCAGAGCUCUAUCCUCCCUGGAAGAGUCACAUGGUCCGUUACUUUGACUUUUUUUUUUUUUUUUAAGUAAUUUCUACCCCCCAGUGUGGGGCUCCAACUCAUACCCUGGCACCAAGAGUCGCAUGUUCCUUAGACUGAGCCAGGAAGGCGCCCCUGGUUGACUUUCUAAUGUUAGACCAGCCUGUAUUUCCUGACGUAACCUCCACCUGGUCAUGAUAUAUUUUCAUUUUUUAAAUGUUUAUUUUGAGGGGCGCCUGGGUGGCUCAGUCGGUUAAGCGUCGGACUGCGGCUCAGGCCAUGAUCUGGUGGUUUGUGGGUUUGGAGCCCCAGGUCAGGCUCUGUGCUGAUAUGGAAAAGCCUGGAGCCUGCUUCGAAUUCGGUAUCUCCUUCCCUCUCUCUCUCAAAAAUAAGCAUUAAAAAAAGAGUUCGUGGGAAGGCACGGGAGUGGGGGAGGGGGAGAGAGGGGGAGAGAGAGUCCCAAACAGGCUCUGUGCUACUUUGCACUGAUCUCCUGACUGAAAUCGUGACCUGAGCCCAAACCAAGAGUCAGAGGCUUAAGUGACUGAGCCACCUAGACGACCCUCUCAUGUUGGUAUUUUUACAAAUAUAUCUAUUUUUACUUAUUUUCUCAAGCUCUAUGCCCAAUGUGGGGCUUGAACUCCUGAGUUCAAGAGUCACACACUCCACCAACUGAGCCAGCCAGGUGCCCCUCUCAUGUUGGUAUUUUAAAAAGAAUUUAAUGGCUUUAUAACUUAAAGCAUGAAACACCUAUAGCAGCAGACCACCCUAGGCCUCCUGGUCCUUGUCUUAGCAGGCAUGGGUCCUUUUAUACAAAGGUCCUGGGGCUUCUUGCCCUACUCUGCGAGGAAAGGGCCACCCUCUUGGCAGCCCCAGAACAAGAGCCCCUGCACAGUUCAGGGCCUGGGGCGGGUGGGUUGCGGACAAAUUCUAAGCAGAAAGCCAUGGAGAAGAAACUUCUAAAGUCGGAAGCUGAAAACAUUCACAGGAAACAAACUGCUGCUUGACGGCCCAAAAGAAGGAUGUAAAAGCUAGACUGGCCCUUCGCAAAGGCACACCCCACAGCCAGUGCACACCUGGGCCCUACGAGUUGUCUGACCAGUGUCCUGGGAGCUUUCGACAGCUCAGAAGGAAGCCAAGGCCCUCUGAGCCCUCUGAGACUUCACAUACAAGGGGGAGAACAGUUGGCUGGAAAGCGGCUUCCUGACUCCAGGCUGGAGGGAAGAAGAGACUGGGGCCACCAGCCUGGUCAACUGUAGCUGUCAGGGUUCGUGUCAUCUGGCAGAAAGUAGCGCUGUAAAGCAGGCUGCAGGAGCAGUGGGGGCAGCGGACGGGCAGGCCUGGGCCAGGCCGGGGGGAAGGGACGAAUUUCCACCCUCGGCAGGGGCAGUUUCAGCAUGCGGAUGGAGCCAUGGAGGGCACUGCCCACCCGGAGCCGGGACGGCAUCCGGCCUGUGGGCCAGCAGGACAGUGAGGUCUCAGGCUGAGGUGGAAGUCAAGGUCUAGUUCUCCCCCUGUCCCUACUCACCUCUCAGUCUCAUCGGAGACCUCUGGACCUUGGCCUCCUGAAGCCGGAGGAUAGGAUAGUGCCUGGAGGGGUAGGGAAGUGGGUUUGGCCCCGUCAGCCCCUCAGCUGCCCCACACAGGCCCUGUGCCGGCCUGGUGGCCCCCUCACCAGCGAUCCCAGGGCUGUGGUAGCACCGUGUUGGGCACAGGUGGGCGCAAGCUCAGGCAUGGGCUCUCGGGCUCCUCCUGCAGGGGACUCUGCUGCCGGGCCCGCUGCUGUUCACAGAAGAAGUUGAGCGCAUCGAUCGGCCUCAGGUCCAGCAUCUGCGACUGUGACCAGUCCGUCUGCUCCAGUGGCAGUGGCUUAUCCGGCAGCGCAGUGGGUACUGAGGGCUGCAAAUGGACCUCGGACGAGGGGCAGAAGUGUCGCAGUGUCUCUGACAGCGUGCGUCUGGUCCGCCAGAAGCACAUUGGUGGAAGCAUUUGCUGGGCCUGGGACUCAAGGGUGGCCAAGUCCAGCUCCCCAGGUGAGACCACCAGUGAGGGGGCCCAGGAAUAGGCUGAGGGUGUCACUGAGACAUGAAAAGGUGACCCAGAAAGCACGGAAAUCUGAGACGGGGCCUCCUUGGGAGGAGGGUAAAGUGCCGAGGUCCUGGAGACCUUGGGCAGCACCUCUGACAACUCGGCUACUACAGAAGGCUGCAAGGAUUCCAUCUGUGGGGGAAACAGCCAGUUGAAGAUGCCGCCAAGCUCAAGGCAGAGGCUCUCCCUCCCCCAGCAGGGAGGCCUGAGUGGUGCUGCCCCUGGCCCCAAGCUUCAGACCUGGCUGCAGACUGCUUCCUGGGGAGGAGCAGGAAGAUCCCCAGAGAUGGGGGUUUGGGGGACAACAGGAGAGGACCAAUGAGCACAGGUACAGAGCAAGCCGAAGAGCCAGCCAGCCGUACCUGGAUCCCCCCCACCCCGACUUGGGAAAAGCCUAGGGAAAAGACAAGAGGCUCCACUGGCAAGUGGCCUGCCCCCCCCCCCCCCCAUCCACCGGGACCUGUAGCCGCUCCAUCAUUUCCUCCAGCUCCUGGCAGCAGCGUUGGCGCAGUGCAGCCUUGCAGUUGGCGUCCGGGCCCUGGACCCAGGUCGUCAUCUCCUUGAACAGAAAGCCCUGCGGAUCCUGAAGGCCUAGCCCUUCCAGCAGCUUCUUGAGCCAGGGCCUGGGACAGUGGUGAGCAGCUAGCUUAUCCAGAAGCCUUCCUCAGCUGGUGGUGAGGAUGAGUAGGAAGCAAAACUCACCGGCAGGAGGCUGGCGAGUAGAGGAAGUAGGACAUGAGCUCCAGCACCACCUCGCGGGACUCCAGGGAGCAUGCCAGAAGGAGCUGCAACGCCAGCAUCACGAACUGCUUCUGCGUCUGGUCCUGAGCGCAGAGGGGCAAAGCAGCCGGGUAGGUGCCGGAGGCCCGGGGCGGGCCGGUGGGCGGGGCUGGGGGCGGGGCCAGGGGUGCACCUCGAGGCUGGGGGGCUGGUCCAGGUUGAGCAAGCGCUCCAGGAUGCCCCGCAGCCGGUUACAGAGGUCUCUGCUCACGUCAGGCAGCAGCCACAGCAGCGCUCCCAGGAUGUGCACGCGGUCUGCCCAGGAGGCCUCGUCCAGCAGGCCCAUGAGCAGCGAGGCCAGGCCCUCCACCGUGCCCACUUCGGGAUACACCUGUGAUACCCAGCGCCGAGGCCCUGUUCCCUGCACUGCCCACCUCCCCGCCAGCCUGUGCUUCCCAGGUGCCCGAGACCCCCGAACCUUCAGGUUGAAGAUGGGGAACAGCUUUUUGAACCAGUUCUGGCAGACGAAAAACUGCAGAAACCUGGGCAGAUGGCCGUAGCGCUCUUCCCAGAGCGAGCGCCUGAAGGGGUACGAGGGGCCGCGCGAGGCCUGGGUCCCGGCGGAGGCGUCACGAGAGUGCGAGGGCUUCGGGGUCCAAUCCUCGGGGCUCUGCGGGGCAGCGGCAGCAGCUGCAGGCCCCCCUCUCCGCUCCUGACCUUGGCAGCCCCGGGGCCUAGUGGGUGCCUACCUUGGCCUCCUCCAACUCGGAGAGGUGCCCGCGUGGGCUCAGGGAGUCGGAGGCCCAGUCCAGAUACAGCUCGUCCUCCUCCUCCUCCUCCGCCUCCUCUUCCCCCAACCACCGGAUCAGCUUCUGCUGCCACUUGGCGUGCCGCUGCCUCCCGCGUCGUCGUGGCAGCCACAUGUCCUGGCUCCCACCUGGCUGCAGAGGGGAGAGCACGGGUGGCCGCUGGCAUGCUGCGGGAACUCGGGCCCCCUUCCACAGAGCCCAGGAGCGAGCCCCCCGGUCCUCCCUUGCCUGGUGUCUGCCAUGGCUGGUGAGCGGGGCGGGGGCUCCGAGGCCGCUGACCUCCCUGUGCGGCCACAUCUGCUGCAGCACCACGGAGUUGGGCACGCUGCCGGGGAAGUGGAUGGGCCUGCGCGAGGGCUGCAGGUGGACACGGCGGGGUGGGCUGAGAACCCGAACUCCACCCGCCCUCCCACCCCACUCAGUGGCCGGUCCAGCUCCGCGGCCGGGUCUCCGGGAGCUGAACCGGACUCGUGCCCCCGUCCACGUGCACCUGUGUAACACCCCCGGACCGUACAGACUGGGAACUAAAACUUCAUCCUCCUUUGAAAGAGGAACUGCAUGGAGCUGGGCAGAGGCUCAACAGUGGACUGCGGCCCUGAGCUCUUGGGCGCAAGUGGACACUCUAGCUGCUGGGUGGGUAGAACGUGCAACUCUUGAUCUUAGGGUUUUGAGUUCAAGCUCCACACUGGGCUUGAAAAUAAAAUCUUGCGAAAAAAGGA